UCUAAUAAUAUUUGUCCAUGUCUGUUUUCUCUCUCUAAAAAUCUCUCCUCCAUCUUCCUUUCACUCUGAUUCAGCCCUGGCCCCUGUUCUCCUCCACUAAUAAAGUCCCAUAAUUCAAUAACUGCAUUAUACUAGCAUUUCCCUUUUCUUCCCAUUUUCACUCUCCCUACAAACUGUCACACUAUAUUCUCCACACCCUAGAAACUGUCACACUAUAUUCUUCUCACCGGUCCAUCUAUUCUCUCCGGUUCUACCACAAUUUUUGUUCUCUCUAGAAAUUUGCAGAUGAUUGUCAGCUUUCUUGCAUAUAGACAGUUUGUUGUUCCGAUUUUGAUGACUUCUGCGCAAUUGGGUCUUUGAGAAUAGCUGGAAAACCAUGUCACCGGCUCUGGUUGAGACGCCGUUGCCGGAAUCAUCGUCGAUGGCGUCUUCGCCUUCUCCUGGGAAUUCCAUCGCCGAGAAUCGUCGUUUUCCUGAGCUUAGAGGGGUCCAGUGGCGUAUAGAUUUGGGGAUUUUGCCUUCCUCUUCUUCAAUUGAUGAUCUCCGUCGGGUCACAGCAGAUUCUCGGAGGAGAUAUGCUACUUUGAGGAGGCGCCUCCUAGUUAAUCCACAUGUUCCAAAAGAUGGAAAUAGCUCUCCUGAUCUUGUCGUGGACAAUCCAUUGUCUCAAAACCCAGAUAGCAUAUGGGGUCGCUUUUUCCAGAAUGCUGAAUUGGAGAAAAUGGUUGACCAGGAUUUGUCACGUUUGUAUCCUGAACAUGGAAGUUACUUCCAGACACUGGGAUGCCAAGACAUGCUGAGACGAAUUUUAUUAUUGUGGUGUCUUAGUCACCCAGAACAUGGUUAUGGACAAGGAAUGCAUGAACUCUUGGCGCCACUGUUAUAUGUUCUUCAAGUUGAUGUGGAGAAUCUUUCACUAGUGCGAAAGCUUUAUGAAGACCACUUCACUGACAAAUUGGAUGGUUUCUCAUUUCACGAAAGUAACUUGAUAUAUGAUUUUGAUCUUGAAAAAAUUUCAGAGUCCAUGGAAGAUGAAACUGACUCCCAAAAUAGUUCAUUGAAGGUUUGUAGUCUUGACGAACUUGAUCCCAUGAUACGAGCCAUUGUUUUGUUAAGUGAUGCUUACGGGGCAGAAGGUGAACUAGGUAUCGUCUUGUCCGAGAAAUUCAUGGAACAUGAUGCCUACGGCAUGUUUGAUGCUUUAAUGGGUGGGGCUGGUGGUGCAGUUGCCAUGGCAGAAUUUUUCUCACCUUCUGCUUUAGGUGGCUCACACACUGGGUUACCUCCUAUUAUUGAAGCAUCUUCUGCACUGUACUACUUGCUUUCUAUAAUUGAUUCAUCUCUCCAUGACCAUCUUGUUGAGCUAGGAGUUGAACCCCAGUACUUUGCGCUCCGCUGGUUACGAGUUUUAUUUGGGCGUGAGUUUGGACUUGAAGACCUCUUGAUAAUCUGGGAUGAAAUAUUUGCAUCUGACAGCCAUAAAUCAUACAGUAGUGCUGAAAAUGAUGCGUGGUUCAGCUUUAGGGUCCUUAGUUCGCCCAGGGGAGCAUUCAUCUCGUCUAUGGCCAUUUCUAUGAUACUUUAUUUGAGAUCUUCCCUGCUUGCCUGUGAGAAUGCUACUUCCUGUCUUCAGAGAUUGCUGAAUUUUCCAGCGAAUGUAAAUCUGAAGAAACUGAUAAUGAAGGCAAAAUCCUUGCAGGCUAUUGCACUGGAUGCUAAUAACUCAACCUCACUGCCAACACAAACAGAAGCAUAUAGCCGGAAUAAAUCAGUGGUUGUGAGAGGUCAUAGCCUUCCAUCAGAUUCUAUUUCUCCGAGAACUCCACUGAGUUUGGUAGCUGAGAGCUAUUGGGAAGAGAGGUGGAUAGUUCUGCACAAGGCAGAGGAAAUUAAUGAAGGUAGUGUAGAAAAACAAGUUCCCAACCAUAGAAAGGGUUGGUCGGAGAAAAUGAGAUUGCGUUUAUCUAGAACUGAAUCUGCCCCAUCCCCAUCAAUAGUUGAUGGUGGGAAAAAGGAACCUGUGUUAUCUGCUGGGAGAAGUUCACUGGAAGAUUUGUCCCAGCAUCUUAGAUCAGAGGAAAAUACUGAGAAAAUAGUGUGCAAUGAAGGUUUAGGCCAAAAGCAUCCUUCCUCUGUGAAUGUUGAGGUGGAUCGACAAGAUGGUACUGGUAAGAAUUUCACUUGCACAGCUGAGAGAUGUUUGAGUGGUAAUGCUGGCAGCAAAACUAACUCUUCUAUUUUCUCAGAUCCGCCAAGCCCUCUCAGUGGAGCUAAUGACCAAGAAAGCGAAUCAGAGAGAAGUAGUGUUGCAUCAAAUUUAGCUGUUAAUAAAAAUGAUGCUGAUCCCAAUAAUGCUGAGUCAUAUAGGAUAGACCCAGAAGACUCACCUUCUCCAGUCCCGGAUUCCCCAGAGGAGAUCUCUUUGAAAUCUGGACAGAAUGGUAAUUCUAUGGGAAAGUCAGCAACAGGUUUGAAGGAGCGGAAGCUUCUAUUAGGUAAAUUCAAUUGGUUUUGGAAGUAUAGACGUAAUAGUUCUGAGGGGAUGUCUGACAAAGGAGGUCCUUCCGAGGCUACAAAAGCUUCCUAUGGUGCGAGCAUUCAAAACAUUGCAGGAAUCUCUUCCUCAGCUGACGAGUCUAAUAGUUCUUCUUUAAUAAGCAAAGGAGAUGCUGUAGACCAGAAUGUGGAGGUUACUCUGAGGAAUCUUGGACAGUCCAUGCUUGAGAAUAUUCAGGUGAUUGAGUCGGUUUUCCAGCAAGAUUGUGGACAAGUGGAGUCCCUAGAAAACUUAUCUAAAAAUGUUCUGGUGGGCGGAGGACAAGUUACAGCCAUGGCAGCUUUGAAGGAGCUUCGGAAAAUCAGCAACAUUUUAUCUGAGAUUUGAGGUGGGAGUUAUUUAACAUUAACCUGUAUAUAUACUUUGUUAUACUAAUACUUUUUUCAAGUGCCAAUAUAUAUAUAUAUAUACAUAUACACACGAGUUUCUUCACCUUCUCAUAUCUUUCUAUCUUCUGUUAGAUUCUUUUAUUUUUUUUUUUUGGUCAGAGCCUGAUGUGUAAUAUGAUACUAAAUUUUUUUUUUGUUUUUCGGUCAGAGCCUGAUGUGUAUUAUGAUACUAAAUUUUUUUUUUGGUCAGAGGCUGAUGUGUAAUAUGAUACAAGGUUUCUGUUGUAAUAUGAUACUAAAAAUUGUAAUUCCUUUGAAAGUUUCAGUAGCUGUCAGCA